UUUUGAUCAUUAGUUAACGAACGUUGAAUAAUAGACUAAAAACUAUGAUAUUUACGAAAAUUAUAACAUAAACACAUUGUUUUAUAAGAACUUACUUAUGAUCAAAAUUUAAUUUUUGCUUUACAAUGAUUCCUUCGUACAAACUGUGUUAUUUAGUGUUAGUUAACCUAAGUAUUUAUUUUUUACUAGCCAGCGCUGGACGAGAUUUCUAUUCAAUAUUAAAAGUAUCUCGUAGUGCGACGUUAAAUGAAAUUAAGAAAGCUUAUAGGAAACAAGCAAAGGAAUUGCAUCCUGAUAAGAAUAAAAACGAUCCAGAUGCAGCCUCGAAGUUUCAAGAUCUUGGAGCAGCUUAUGAGGUAUUAUCUGAUGCAGACAAAAGAAAAAAGUAUGAUAGAUGUGGUGAAGAAUGUUUGAAGAAAGAUGGCAUGAUGAAUAAUCAAGAUCCAUUUGCGAGUUUCUUUGGAGAUUUUGGAUUUCAUUUUGAUACCGGUGACCAGAGACAUGAGACUCCCAAAGGUGCCAAUAUUGUUAUGGAUUUGACAGUAUCAUUAGAAGAACUUUACAAUGGCAACUUUGUUGAAAUUACGAGAAACAAGCCAGUAAUAAAACCAGCUAGUGGAACACGGAAAUGUAAUUGCAGACAAGAAAUGGUUACAAGAAACCUUGGUCCAGGAAGAUUUCAAAUGAUUCAGCAAACUGUUUGUGAUGAAUGUCCAAAUGUAAAAUUAGUAAAUGAGGAGAGAACAUUAGAAGUAGAAAUUGAAUUAGGAAUGGUUGAUGGUCAGGAAACUAGAUUUAUGGCUGAGGGAGAACCUCAUCUGGAUGGAGAUCCUGGAGAUUUGAUAAUUAAAAUAAAAACUGCUCCUCAUAGCAAAUUUGAAAGACGAGGAGAUGAUUUAUAUACAAAUAUUACAUUAAGCUUACAGGAUGCUUUAACUGGUUUCACUAUGGACAUAACACAUCUGGAUGGUCAUAAAGUAACAAUUCAACGAGAUAAAGUAACAUGGCCAGGAGCUCGCAUACGCAAGAAGGGUGAAGGAAUGCCAAACUACGAAGAUAAUAAUUUACAUGGAACUCUUUAUAUAACAUUUGAUGUUGAAUUUCCCAAACAAGAAUUUACUGAUGAACAAAAACAACAAAUUCGAGAUCUAUUGAAUCAGGCAUCAAAUAAUAAAAUAUAUAAUGGUCUCCGAGAUUUUUAAUGGAAUUUUGAGGCAUAAAAUAUGACUGAAACUACCUAUAAUUGCCUAUUUAUAUAAAUGAAUACCCAAUGUGAUUCUGGUUUUAGUUUUAGCACAACACAAAUAGAAACUGACCAAAGAAAGUUGAUUUUACAGUAAAAACAUGUUAAGAAAAUGGGUAUUCAGAACAACAUAUAUAUAUAUAUAUAUUUAUAUAUAUAUAUAUAUAUAUAUAUAUAUAAAAUAAAAUAAAAUAAA